AUGCACAAACAAUUUUCUGGGUUGAUACCGCACCGUAUUUUGAGGGGGGUAACCUCAGCACCUACACGAGCUGGUGUAAGACUUUCAGAGCCUCAUCAUCCUACGAGGCUAGCAAAAGCAAAGUUAAAAGGACACGUAUGUGACAUCUCACUCGAGCCUCAUUCCAUAUUCCUCGAUAACCCCCAAGGCCAAGGUGGUCAAAAUAAAAUAAGAGCAGACGCACUGCAAAUCUCUUCAAUAAAAAUGGGCAUAAGCUAUGACCUGACGAAGGGAUUCGCUGAACACGUUUACUACAGAACGUCGUUGAUCGGAGAUGAUUGA